CCAUUUAUUCAUCCAGGACCCACUCGCCCGCCCAUGUGACUGGCAUGCACACCACACCACACCACCCCCCUCACAAAAGCCCCCCAUCCCCGCAUAGCAUACACAGACAUUCACACACACCCACACGAUAGGCACAGAAGACAGACAGGCAGCAUUGGAUUCACACGCAGCACCAACACCACCACCACCAGCAGGAAGGACCACGACAGUAUUAUCUUACAAUAGAUACAAUCAGACAGACAGAUAGACAGACAGACAAGUGGUAGGUCAAUCAAAACGGCGGCCGUCUGGAAUGAGGCUUGUGUGGAAGACAGACAGGCAGGUAGGGAGGGAGGGUGCACGGGAAUCGCGUGUGUGUGCGCGCACCCCUCAUCCCCCAGUCUUUCUCUCCCUUAAUGUGGCCUUCCCCGCCUUGAAACAAGACAGACAGGACAGGCAGACACUUACCAGAAAACACCUGACACAAGCCAAGCCCGCCCGCCAAUUAACACCCAGCCAGCCUCUCUCUCUCUCUCUCACUCACACACACACACACACACGCACACACGCACACACGCACACACACGCCUUCGCCUUCAAGCCAUUGUUAUGGUCACACACACACACACAGAGACACACACACACACACGAAUAUUUAUGAGUAGGCAGACAGACCAGUUGGUUCAGUCAGCCAGUCCGAUGAGCAUUGCCAGCCAGGCUCCGUCCGUCCGGUUAGAAGAUUGCCACAGCGAUAAGAGCAUUACGAUUGACAACGAUACAGAGAGAGAGAGAGAGAGAGAUUGACAGACAAGGCAGGUAGGCAGGCAGGGAGAGACAGACAGCGUCACGUGCGACCGAUUUCACGCCGAGCAUCGCGUACGGCAGGAGAAGACGGUCGAACGCGACAGUUUUCCCACGCCGUACGAGAGGCCCUGGUAAAACGGCCGCACGCGAGAGAGAGAGAAGACAGACAGAUGGGCAGGCAGUCAGGCAGGUACAUCACAUCAGUAAUACGAUCGACCCCCUGGUUCCCUCCCCUGCCAAUGCAUCAGUGUCAAUCCAAUCCUGCAGUCAGUCAUUCCUCUAGCUAUCCUUCCUCCACCCCCGCAGCAACAGCCCCUUACCAUCGCCACUGCCCCCCUCCCCCGCCCCCGCCCCCUCGCCGUGCUUGCCGCUGCCCUUGUUCACAUAAUGCACCGGCGUGACGUAGUUGACGGCCAGCAGCGCCCGCAGCAACGGCACGUUCAGGUAGUAGUCGCACCGCGCAGCAGCCGCCUGGCCCACCGGCUUGGCCUUCGUCUCCCUGCCGUCUCCCUGCUGCUGCUGCUGCUGCUGCUUAGAUCGGGUGUUGGCGUCUGGCUGUGGCGGUGUGGGCAGGGGCAGGUCGACGAAGCGCAGGAGGCCCUUCUGCACACACACGGAGAGGGACCGCAGUCCCCGCAUCCACGUGGCGAGCACUGCGGGCGGAGGGGAGGAGUGCGGCGCGUUGGAGAGGGACAGCUCCAACAGCCACGCUGCGGAGGACACAGACACACACAGCGAGAGGGAGAGACAGCCAUGGAAGCAUCCACUCAUGUGAAAAGAAGAGUUUCAUGGGUCGCACGUACUUGCGACGGCGUCGAUGCAUUUGGUGUAUCUGUGGGCGAUGCGGUCCGCCGUGGCCUGCCUGCGGUGUUCCAUCUCGGUCAGCUCAGCGCGGUAGUGCCGCAGCAUGGCGUCGAUCUGCUGCUCCUCCUGCUCCACCUGCCGGCUCCAGCUGCUCUGCGUGUCGAUGCCGUCGUGGUGGGGCUCGUGGGUGGGGUCAUGGGGAUCGUCGUGCGCCUCCUCUGCGUUGUCCACGUCUGCCGCGUGUGCUGCGAGUGGUGUGAGAGAGAUGGGGGCGGGGGGCGGGGGGGACGGCGAGGCGCACACCGACAUGGAUGAGGCUACCGGGGAGGUGUCAUCUGCACACACACACACACACACAGAGAGAGAGAGGGGGAGGGAGGACACAAUGACCCACAUGGAUGGGCGUGGGAGUGGGCGUGUGUGAGGCAUGACUGCGUCCACACCCACCGAGGGCGACGGUUGUUUCUCGCCCGAUAGAGUAUCUGCCGCUGGCAGUGGGGCUACCGCCAUCCCCACCCCCCUCACCGCCCCCAGUGCCCCCCCUGUCGGCCCGCCGCACCGGGGAGCCCACCACCACAAACCCAUCCUCACUGCGAUAGUCCAUCACGCCGCUGACGCUGCUGUCCUUAUCGCUGAACACACCCACACCCGCCCCUCUGUCCCGAGAACCACCACCAGACGUCCCACCACUGGGUGGGACGCCAUUAUUGUCCCCCCUCCCCCUCUCCUUGCUACUGCUGCUGUUGUUGUUGUUGGCUGUGUUGCCACCGUUGCCACCUGUGAGUCCCCUGAAGCAGGGGAGGCAGCACUGGCAGAUUUUGGCGAGGGGGAUGGCGAAGGGGGAGGACGACAGAGCGGCCGAGAGGGAGGACGGGAUGAACUGCGAGGGGAAGGGGAGCGAGCACUGCGACGGCAGGGAGGGGGGCGACUGGUCGCCGACCGGGGCUGCGGCCGUGGGGGAGUGGGUGUGGGUGUGGGUGUGGGUGUGUGUGGGUGGUGAGGUGGGCGGGAGUGCGGAGAAAAACAGAGGGGGGCUGCUCGAGAUGAGGUCCAGCGACUUAGGCGACGGGUGGUAGCUCUCCGGUGCCUCCUCUGGUGCUGCUGACGGCUCCUUCUCUGCCUUUAUCUCUAUCUGCUGCUCUUGUUUGGCCUCCCCCCCUCCGCCAUGGCAGCUGCAGCUGUCCGUCUGGUGAUCGAUCUCGGCUUGCUCGUUGGGCGCCUCUGGGUGGUCGUUGGUGUGUUGCUGGUCGUCCUCCUGGUAGUGGUGCUGGAGGAGGUUGAGCUGGUGCUUGAGCUGCUCGCGCAUGGCCCGUCUGUGGGCCUGCUGCUCUGUCUGCGUGUUGAUCCACUCGCGCAGCUUGUCGCACUCCUUGCCCUGCCGCUCGUAGGAGAACAGCAAAUCGCUGAACGCCUGCAUCUCAACCUGACUCACAGACACACACCAUCCACACACACACACACACACACACAGAGAGAGAGAAUCCGGCGCUUCUUGCUUACGGUGAGGAAUCUGGUCAUCAUGGCUGCGUGGUGGUUGCGCUUGGGAAUGCACCACGAGAGCGGCACCCAGCCGCUGCUCGUCUCGUCCACCAGACAGCGCAGGGACAGCCGGGGACCGCCUCCCGCCGGGUCCAACGUCAAAGGCGAGUUGGCGAAGAAGUGAAUCCUGAACGCAACGCACCAAACAAACAAACAAACACGCCAAUCUCUCUCUAUCGGUGUGUGUGUGUGUGUUGAUGGUGCCGUGCUGUGCUGGGGCUUACUGACCAUACGGGCGCGGCCCUGACUUUGUCUGAGACGGGCAGCAUGUGCAGCGACCGUGCCUUGGCGGGCGAGAGGACGCGCCCGGACCGGAAACGGGUCUUACGGGGGUUGAACGGCUCUAUGCAUGCGAUCGUCAGAAAGUGCUCUGCAAACACACACACACACACACACACACACACAGAGAGAGAGAGAGAGAGAGAGGCCAUGAUGCCAUGCCAGCACGGUGUUCUUUCUUCUGGCUGUCCGACGGCUUGCCUACUCAGCAGGCUCUGCGGCUCGAACGGCGCGGCAGCGAUGAGCCAGUGCGCGCCCCACCUCAUAGCCAGCCUUCUCCUCUCCCACCCGUUGAACCUUUGCACACUCACGUUGCCCCCCUCAUCCGCAGCGUCAAACGUCUCACGCACCGUCAGCACGCGGCGCGCGUGCUGGUAAGACUGCAGGGGCAUCUCGCGGUUGCCCCGCUCCUCCCACCGGGCCUCGCCCGUCGCCCGCGAGUAGAUGACGUACUUGUACGAGAAGGGGCGCACGCUGUCGGGGGCCAGGUCGAUGGUGGCCUGCCACCGGGGGAACAGGGAAGGGUCGGUGCUCAUCGGCAGGCCCUGCUUGGGCGUCCAGGAACCGAACAGGGGGCUGGAACCGACCAGACGAACGUCCUGCCCAACCUGCACACCACACCACACACCGUCAAGUGAAGCCACGUGACGUGAAGCCACGCAUGCGAUAGAUAUGAUGCGAUCCAAUGAAUGAGUGAAAAGGUCGAUGUUCAUGUGUGUGUGACGUGUUGUGUUCUCUUCUGACCUGUGUGUCUGCACAAGUGACUACGAAGCGGAUACGGGCCCAUCCUGGCAGGGGGGACGACGCCUCAAAGGCCCCAGGAAGGUCGACAAGGUCGUUGCGGCAUAUCGCCUCCUGCGUAUGCACAGCACAGCACAGCGCACCGCAGCGACAGAACAUCGAACACCGUCAGACAGCGUCAAACAGAGCCACUUCCGCUGGUGGCUGCCCUGCCUCGCCUGCAUUGCUUACGAAGCUGAGUGCGUCCCUCCAUCGCGUGGAUACCCGCCGGAGCCUGACGAACUGCACGCCCUCUGCAGCGACUGCGGAGCUCUGCAAAAACCCGUCAGGGCACGGCAGACCGCCGCUGUCGCUGCUCAUGAGCUGGGCAGCUCACUGCACA